GAGCCGGGCGGACUGGAGCGGGGACGGGCUGCGGAGUGGCCGCGGCAGUUCCCGCCCAGGUAGCUCGUCCCGACCCGCAGCCGCUGCCUACAGGCUCUGUUCGCGAGAGGCUCACUCCCGGCUCGCCCUGGCUUGAGUCAGCGCCGCGCCUCCCUGUGUGGAGUCCUCCGGCUGCUCGCGCCGCGUUUGCGGACGGGCCCUGGGUGCACCAGCUUGCUUGCCGGCUGGUCCCGACGGCGGACGCCGCGGAGGUGACGGAGCCGUAGCACUGCUCUUCCUUCAGAGCAGAGCGUCGGCUCCGGGACGUGAUCGCUAAUGGGAUCCCCAUGCCAGAAAACCUUCGUUCUCGGUGACCCCCACCCUGCGGAGACCGCCCCGUGACCCUCGAGGUUCAUUCGCACCCUGGGCACUUUUCCAAGCUUCUGGAGAAAACAAAAAUCAGAUCUGCAAUAUUGGACUUAGAAUCCUGUGCGUUACCAGUCAUCUAGAGCUGCUCCUUCGGGAUGAAAGCGACUCACAGAGGAGAGUCGGCCCUUGGAGGUCAGCUCCUGCCACCACCGGCCCCAUCAUGUCCAGGCCUGGGACCCCAGAGCAGACUCUGGAUGUGCAGGGGGAUGGCCCCCUAGGCAGAACGGACAAGGAUGCUGGGGAGGAGACACAGAGCUCCCACCGCAUGCUCAGCUUCAGCGAUGCGCUGCUGUCCAUCAUCGCCACCGUCAUGAUCCUGCCUGUGACCCACACAGAGAUCUCCCCCGAACAGCAGUUUGACAAAAGUAUACAGAAACUUCUAGCAACCAGGAUUGCUGUCUACCUGAUGACGUUCCUGAUUGUGACUGAGGCUUGGGCAGCACACAUAAGGUUGUUCCAGGCUGUUGGGAAAACAGAUGACACGCUUGCCUUGCUUAACCUGGCCUGCAUGAUGACCAUCACAUUCCUGCCAUACACGUUUUCCUUAAUGGUGACCUUCCCUGACGUGCCUCUGGGCAUCUUCUUGUUCUGCAUGUGUGUGAUCGCCAUUGGGGCUGUACAGGCACUGAUUGUGGGGUACGCAUUCCACUUCCCACACCUGCUGAGCCCGCAGAUCCAGCGCUCAGCCCACAGGGCCCUGCACCGGCAGCACAUCCUGGGCAUCGUGUUCCGGGGCCCAGCUCUGUGCUUCAUGGCAGCCAUCUUCUCCCUUUUCUUCUUCCCCAUGUCAUACCUGCUGAUGGCAACAGUCGUCUUCCUCCCCCACGUCAGCAAGGCCACCAGCUGGUGCAGAGACAAGCUCAUGGGCCGCCGAGAGCCCCCAGCUCACAGUGUGCCAUUCACCUUCGACCUCCACCAGCCACUCAGCAAAGAGCGAGUGGAAGCCUUCAGUGACGGUGUCUACGCCAUCGUGGCCACCCUCCUCAUCCUGGACAUCUGUGAGGACAACGUUCCAGAUCCCAAGGACGUGCGGGAGCAGUUUCGUGGCAGCCUUGUGGCGGCCCUGAGCGUGUAUGGGCCGCGCUUCCUGGCCUACUUUGGUUCCUUCACCACCGUGGGCCUGCUCUGGUUCGCCCACCACUCGCUCUUCCUGCAUGUCCGCAGGGCAACGCCGCCCAUGGGGCUGCUCAACACGCUCUCGCUGGCCUUCGUGGGCGGCCUCCCGCUGGCCUACCAGCAGACUGCGGCCUUUGCCCGGCAGCCCCAUGACGAGCUGGAGCGCGUGCGCGUGAGCUGUGCCAUCAUCUUCCUCGCCAGCAUUUUCCAGUUUGCCAUCUGGACCACAGCCCUGCUGCAGGAGGCGGAGACACUGCAGCCGUCAGUAAGGUUUGGUGGCUGUGAGCACACGUUCAUGUUCGCCAAGCUUGCCCUGUACCCCUGUGCCAGCCUGCUGGCCUUCGCCUCCACCUGCCUCCUGAGCAGGUUCAGCACGGCCAUCUUCCACCUCACCCAGAUUGCCGUGCCCUUCGCCUUCUUGCUGCUGCGCCUGCUCGUGCGCCUCACCCUGGCAGGUCUGCGGGGCCUUCGGGGCCUGGCCCAGCCAGCAGAGCCCCUGCCAAGCCAGGCGGGUGAGGCUGAUGCACAGGCACAACUCCUCCCCGCUCCCUGCUAGCAGCCAGGGUCCCAGGGCUCAGGCCAGGGAGGCCGCUCCCACCUGCCACAGCCUGAGACCACCCAGGAAGGAAGGGGACUCUGGGCGGGGAACCCGCAGCAUGGAUGGACUGGCAGCGGUUCAUCUGAUGGUCUGGGGACAGCAGUUUUAUGAAACCUGGGUUUUAUUUUAGUUGUGAAAUAUCACCUAUUUCAGAGUCCUCAAAUUGUUCUCCACUUCUUGCAGAGAGAGUAGCUCUAUAGGAACAUGUUUCAUUGUGUUUGCUUGUCCUCUCUCUUCUCCCUGGCCUGAAAACACGUUGCCAAGCCGGCCUCCCCAGGGGCUGCCCACCCGCUCACCACACAUCAGUUGCUUGAUGAAAGAGAGACAGUGGCAGGACAGCAGUGCCCACACUGUAUUGUCCCAGAUUCAAGUCGCUGUUACAGCAGGGAAGAUAAAUUACAUCAGAGGAGCAGACAGAUGUACUUAAAUACAGGAGGACAUAUCCCCCCAACUAACCACAAUUUACAGACAGUUCCUACAGCUCAGAAUUGACACCAGGGCUUGCGCAGCAAAGACUCAUUACACCAUUAAGGGCUGGUUUUGAAGAUUACAGACAUACAAACACAAGGAAUGUACAUACUGGAGGCCA